AUGAAGUGCAAUAUUCUCAUGCAAAGCCUUAGCAAGCUUCAUUCUGCGCCAAGCAUCGCGUCCAGUGCGGAUGUAGCCGACCACCUGGAGUAUGCUCUGGUCGAGAACGCCCCCACUAAACAUAUCGCCCUGAUCGCAGCUCCGAAAUAUGACCUUUACGAAGAAUCGGGGAGCAUUCGUGGAGGAUACGUGUGCAUCUACGAUCGCCGUCGCGAUGCUCUGCUUCUGUUCGAAUUUGAGGGCGCCCGCGUCAUGGUAGACAAAGUGGAAGAUCUGUUCGUGCACGUGAAUCCUAGCAUCGAUGCAGGUCUUUGCGAGAUGCUCGAAUGGCCGAGAGCGCAGCCUGAGGCUGCCGAGUCUUCCAAUUCAGCAAUGGACCACAGCAAUUGGCGGCUGCUAUUAAGGGUUGAUCCAAUAUUCAACCUACAGCUUGAAAAAAAUUACGUGCAACACUACGCAGCUCCAGAAUGA